AUGGUCCACACCAGACCGGCUGUUCGCGCGCCCUCCCGCGCUAUGUUCGCCGCCGCUGAUAGCAAACCGCGACGUGCAGUCUCGCCACUCGGUAUACCCAAGUCCCCCUCGUUCCACUCUGGAUUGGAUCUGGUCGCGAGCCAGACGACUAAGCGAUCCGAGAGCGUAUCUGACGUAGCCCGGGCGUUUCGAAUUGCGCUUUUCGGUAUGGAGGCUCAGGGGCAGCAGCCCAAGGCGCCGUCGCCGCCGGACGCGCGCUCACCGCCGGACGCGCGCUCGCCGCCGCCGCCGCUACCUGUUACGUCCACUCCCAACGUUGCCACUACUACCACAACGACCGUGUCACCCGAGCGUCCGAUCACUAGUAAUGGUGAGAGGGAGAAUUUAAUGGUGCAACUGGCACUGCUGAAAGAUGCCCCAGCAGCAGAGCGUGAACAGUUGUUUGUGCAGAAGAUUCGGCAAUGCUGUCUAUUGUUCGACUUUGCAGACGAGCCUCUGUCGGACCUCAAAUGGAAGGAGGUCAAGCGGGGUGCGCUGCUGGAAAUGGUGGAGUACAUCACCUCACAGCGUGACGUCAUCACAGAGGCUAUAUACCCAGAGGCUGUUAAUAUGUUCGCAGUCAACUUGUUCCGAACAUUGCCGCCCUCAUCAAACCCAAAUGGUGCGGAAUUUGACCCUGAAGAAGACGAGCCGACCCUGGAGGCGGCGUGGCCCCAUUUGCAACUGGUUUACGAGCUGUUCCUUCGACUACUUGAGUCGCCAGACUUCCAGCCAAAUAUAGCCAAGAAAUAUAUUGACCAAAAGUUCGUUUUGCAGCUCCUCGAACUAUUCGACACAGAGGACCCAAGAGAGCGGGACUUUCUCAAGACUACCCUACAUAGGAUAUACGGAAAAUUUCUAGUUCUACGUGCAUAUAUAAGGAAACAGAUCAACAAUGUUUUCUAUAGGUUUAUAUAUGAAACGGAACAUCAUAACGGCAUUGCCGAGUUAUUAGAGAUACUUGGAUCAAUUAUAAACGGCUUCGCGUUGCCACUCAAAGAAGAACAUAAACAAUUUUUGCUUAGGGUAUUACUCCCGCUGCACAAGGCAAAAUCUCUAUCAGUGUACCACCCACAGCUGGCCUAUUGCGUGGUGCAGUUCCUUGAGAAAGAUCCGUCACUCACCCAGCCCGUUGUUCGGGCAUUACUUAAAUACUGGCCGAAGACACAUUCACCAAAGGAGGUGAUGUUCUUAAAUGAGAUGGAAGAAAUCCUAGACGUGAUAGAACCAGCCGAGUUCCAGAAAAUAAUGGACCCGCUGUUCCGACAACUGGCCAAGUGCGUUUCCAGCCCACAUUUUCAGGUCGCAGAACGCGCACUAUACUACUGGAACAAUGAGUACAUAAUGUCUCUAAUAUCGGACAACGCGACUCACAUACUGCCAAUAAUGUUCCCAUCGCUGUACUGCAAUACAAAGUCUCACUGGAACAAGACGAUCCACGGCCUGGUCUACAACGCCCUUAAGCUCUUCAUGGAGAUGAACCAAAAACUCUUUGAUGAAUGCACGCAACAAUUCAGGCAGGAGAAAGAGAAGGAGACAGAACGUCUUCAGCAGCGUGAAGAACUAUGGCAGCGGUUGGAGGCCGUUGCAGCGGCUAAUCCCGCCUGUCGACAGCUUGACUCAGAACCACUCACGCCUGAUGCUGAGAUCCGAAAGAAUCACAACGCGACGAAGCCACUCCUGCGCAAGAAAUCUGACCUGCCACCUGACGCCUCCACUGUGAAGGCUCUCAUUGAACACAAGCGACCAGACCCAUAUCUCACGACCACACCGGACGCGGACAAGUGUUAG